AUGAUCUUUUUACUUACGCUUUCAGUUCAUCUUCGACGACUGCAACAUAUGAAGGUUACCUUCUUUCAGGUAGAAGCCGGAAAAAGCCCACUCGCCAUGUUAGCGAAGACUUGUGAGACCAUCGGUUUACCAGACACACCAUCGAAGAAGAGCAUUUCGGAAAAGAAAGACGACGGCACCAAAAAGGAUGCUGAAAGCCCUACUGAGCGACGAAAGGAGCGAUCACCACGUACAACACCGGCCACGAAUGGCUUACGUGGAGAGGCCACAUCAAGCUCAAGUACAUUUUCGGGGCUUUCGAAGCCUCCUCAGACAACGUUCCCGCCGCUCGGAUUCUCACCUACGCUUCCAUUUCCGUUUCCGUACGCGAUGAUGCCCUAUGCGAUACCAUUUCCGUCGUUUGCUAUGCCGUUCACGAUGGCUCGACCACCGUGUCCGGCGAUGCUGUUGCAAAGACCGUGCGUCACUCCCGGAUGCACGUCCUGCUCUCCUGACAUGUUGAGUUCAUUCGCCACUCAUCCGCUGUUUUCCACCUACUCUUCUAUGCCAUCGGUUUCGAGUUCACCAAUAUUGCCUGGAUCUUAUCAGAACUUUCUGAUUUCGCCAACAACAGUUCCAUCAACUUCAAGCAGUACGACGCCUUCAUCAUCUACUGGAAUGUCGUCUAAAUCAACUAUUUCUCAACAGAAGCACAUAUGUUCAUGGGUGGAAUCGACAGGAAUCUGUGGAAAGCAGUUCGUGUCUGCUGACGACCUUGCACUGCAUGUGAAACAAUUCCAUACACCGUCUCCACCAUCCAGUGCUUCGUCUGCAACCGCUGAUGUCUCGAAAACUCCACAAACUCGACCGAAUUUACCUCGUUAUCAUCCGUACUCUAAACCUAGCCAGCUUCCUAUUUCACCAAUGAUGUCUUUUCCGUCUGCAUUACAAGCAAUGUAUGCUCAACGUUUAAUGACAGGCAUGCCUCAUCCUUAG